AUGAUCCACCCAAAGAAGCUUGCUCAGCUGGCCAAGAAGUGCCAGCGGAUGUUGGUGGCUGGAGCCGGUGCUCGUCGUCGGCAUGCCUCGGACAUGGCCGAUGACGAGUGCUGCAGCACAGUGUCAUCUGUGGUUGCCGAUGAGGGCCACUGCGUGAUGUACACCAACGACGGAACCCGGUUCGAGGUCCCUCUGGCGUACCUCGGGACGUCGGUCUUCAUCGAGCUCCUGAGGAUGUCCGAGGAGGAGUUUGGCUUCACGAGCGGCAGUGACGGAGGCAGGAUCAUGCUGCCGUGUGAUGCCACUGUGAUGGAAUAUGUCUUGUGCCUGGUCAGGAGAGAGGCCUCUGAGGAGGUUGAGAGGGCGUUCUUGAGCUCCAUUGUUGGGCACUGCCACAACUACAAUGCUAGCUGCAAGGCACCAUCAAUGGAACUCGGCCAUCAUUUUGCUCUUUGUACUUCGCUACUAGCUUAG